GUUGUGGAUCUUAAAUGUUAAAAAUCCAAUAAACAGCAUGCGUACGCUAGAGUUAUAACUGCACAAAUAUUACUGUCAUGAACCCAGCCAGAUCAAGUUCUAGCCUUUAGGGAAAAAGGCCGUGAAGCAGCCGCUCAUGUCAAACUCCAAGAUGGAUGGCCACCAUCUUUGCUGCAGCAAACACAAAGUUAAACGAAGACUUUGGUCUCCCGAAGAAGACGAAAAGCUCAUUAGAUGUCUCGCCACCCAUGGACAUGGAAGCUGGAGUUCUGUCCCAAAACUCGCUGGCUUGCAUAGGUGUGCAAGGAGUUGCAGAUCGAGAUGGCUAAACUAUCUCAGACCAGAUCUUAAGAGGGGUUCCUUCACUUCAGAAGAAGAACAGAUAAUCAUUGAUGUUCAUAGGAUUGUAGGCAACAAAUGGGCUCAGAUAGCCAAGCAUCUCCCAAGUAGAACAGACAACGAGGUGAAGAAUUUCUGGAACUCAUACAUCAAGAAAAGGUUUAUCUCCCAAGGGUUGGAUCGAAACACUCACAACAUUAUAUGUUCUGAUCAUCAGAAAGCCUCUAGAAAGGUUGCAUGCAAUAUUUCACAUACCCAUCAACAACCCAUUUCAGUUCUCUCUCUGAAUUCUCAGACCACAGAUGCUUCCAUGGAAAUGAUCAAAAAUUCAUCUGUUAAAGUACCUAAUUUUCAAUUUCCAUUUCCUCAAACCUUGGAUAUAACAACCACUGACGACCAAACCCCUAAUGUUGUUUGGACAGUCAAGGGUCAGAGUUCCUCUGAUUUCACCAGUUUCUUCUCUCACGGAUCAUCCCUUGGGAGCACAGCCAAUAUAAUUUCAUCUUCAUCUUCAUCUUCCUCUUCCUUGAACCAAGAUGGGUUUGGGAUCAUAAAUCCUUGUGGGGAAGCCACUCUCAAAUCCUCUGAAGCCCCAAGAUCAGAAGGAGAUCAGCGACAAUAUUGGAGAUAUGAUCAGAAAACAAUAUGGAUUUCGAAGAUGGAGACAGAUGAUGAUCAAUUCGGUGAGGCUAAGGUUAACCAGAACAUAGACGCUUCAUUUGAUGCCGCUAACUUUGAUCUUGGGUUUAUGGAGUCGACACUUCUGUCUGAAGCCGGUUUAAUGGAUUUUGAUCUUGCCAGCGAUAUGAAUGAUCUUGCAUGGAACUAGCUAUAUUAAGAUGCAGGAUUCAUUUGUGUUUAUAAUAAAUGCACUUUUGCCCAUGAUCGAUACUAUUGGGGCGGGUUAAUAAUUUGUAAUUUUCGAGAAGCCUGGAAUUAUCAAGCAUCAUCUUUGAAAAACAAUUAAGAAAAAGAACCUUGACAGUUUUGUGUACGCAUAUGGCCAAUAAAUACAGAUAUUGCAUGUGAAGAAUAGCUGCACAUAUA